CGAAUAUGCAUUUUUUUAUACGCAACAGAAAUUCCUAUAAAGCAAGCGGCAUCAUCCAUAUUUCUAUUGAAUUUCCGUAUUUAUCAACACACAAUCGCACCUAUCCUUUUAAUUUUUAAUAAUUAUUUUCAAAAUGAAGUUCACAUAUUGUUCGUCUACCGUCGCUGCUAUUGCUUUUUGGGCAACCUCUAAUGGAUAUGUUAUUGGCUACUCCGCUGGCCACAUAAGUGGUGUGAGCGGACUUUCCGGACUACAGGGCAACAAUUCGUUGCAAACAAGAACCUCUGGAAACAACAGCAAUAGACGCACACUUAAAGCACGCCAGUCUCAACCCGCAGGGUCUCUGGUAAACUACACAUGCCAAAGUUCAUUUAUCGACUUUACAGAUCGUGAAGCACUUGGAAAAUUCAACGUCGAAUGGUGUCCCCAAAACACCUACCAAACGCAAAACUCUGUGGUUUGGCGGCUGACCCCUGAGUGCGGCACGACAAUAGUAUUUCCGUGGGAUUUCCAAUACGGUAAAAUCGAAGGACGCAUCCGCGCUGCGCAUGGAAGUGGGGUUGUGUCUACUGUUCUUCUGGCGGGGCCCGAGCCAGCCGACGAGCUGGAUUGGGAAUGGGUGGGCAGGGACACUUUGACAGCACAGUCCAUGUAUUUUGUAAAGGGGCAGCGCGUUGAUCCUGUACCACAAUAUCUAAACACCCCUGGUGGUAUUCCUCAAGACAUGGCUGCUGGGUUCCACAAUUAUGCCAUCGAGCUUAAUAAGGACAGUGUCAAGUGGUACAUUGACGACUGGCUGGUCCGCACUCUGCCCCGUGUCGAUGGCGUCCCCUUCCCAGUUGGUGCAAGUCGUCCUCGCAUGGGCGUUUGGGACGGCACACAAACCAGCGGCUGGGCUGGCACUGUUGACUGGUCGCAGGGCCCAUUCACAGCCGAAAUGCAGUGGUUUAAAUUUACGCCAUAUUGCUAAGCAUAUGGUGUUUGAUAUUUGAUUUCAGUUUAUAUUUCUAAUUUGAUUAUUUGGUAUAUAAGUAAGAGACUCGCACAGUAGCAUGUGCUUGUCUUUUUCAAAGGGGAUAACUAAAGACCAAAUAUUUG